UCCACGUGAUGAAUCGUACGCAAAUACACAGAGGUCACUCUCGAAGUUAUUUCCGUCUCUAUCGGUUCCUUGCUUUCCUCGUGUUUUAUAACCCUAAUUUUUUGACGAUUUGUAGUAUAUUCGGGACUGAAGUUAUAAAAGAAUUUUCGUGAAGUCGUUGUUAAUCGAUGUUGGUUACGUUUUAUCGUUAUUUUUUCUAUCAGAAACGCCUUCAAAACGACAAGUCGAGGCGAAUUCCGAGACGCAACAUAACCUGCAUGAAUCUGUUGAUUGAUUGAAACCAUGUUCACGAAUUAGCUCGUGGUAUUUAAAUCAAGCGAUUAGACAGCAUAGUCUGUAAGGUGUGAGUCGCUGUUUCUCGCUGUACAUGUUUUAAAAAAUCCUACAAGAGGCUUUUAAAGAAAUUGUUGCUUCUGUUUAGAAGUAUGUUCGCUCAUAUUCGACAGAGGCUACUAUUUAAUACGGUAAUCAAGUAUGGCAAACAGAAGGGAUACAGCAGUACAUUGGCUGUCAGCGAAGUCAAGAGUGAAGUCAAGAGCGAAGCCGAAGAUGUGACGGAGCCAAUAUAUCCACCUGUUAAAGACCUAAGCUGGAAAGCUCAGAGGAAGAGGAACAGACAAGCUUGGUAUGACAAGAUUAAGGGCUUAGAAACCGUGGAGGAGAAACAAUUUGAGAUCAACAUGCCACGUUAUUACGGCUGGAAGUCGCUGAUCCUAAAGGAACAUGUUAUACCAUACAAUGCUCUGGCACAUGCGCAAUAUUAUACGAGAACACAUGUUGUCCAGGAAUCUGGUCUCCCAGCAUUUUACAACAAUAUAGUUUCCACCGAGCAAUUGGAUAGGAUGGUACAAGCAGUCAAGAGUGACAUAGAAGAUAAUAUAAUUUUCGAACAUUGCAUUAGACGAAGAGACCAUGAGAUACCACCAGAUAAGUUCCCAUUGGAUGAAAACGUUAAGGCUCAUGACAGAAAAAUAUAUAUGGAAGAAGUUAUAUCUAAAGCGUUAAUUCACAGAAUUAAUAAAACAAUGUUGAUACAUCUCGCCCCUGAAAAUCUGCACUUAUUGCACGCUGAAGUCGAUUUUGAACCGAGAUUAGAAGCAUCUUGGUUUGUGGGUAGUUUAUAUCCCUCUACUUUUCGAAGGUUGAAAAGAAAGUCUAUUGAAUUUAUGAAGGAUCAUGCUGAUGACCCAAUAGAUUUGCCUGUUCAAUAUAUUGGUCAGCCUGUCAUGCAUUUAAGGCAUAAACAUCCCCUGAGAGAGAUUAUUCCCUUAAGCGAUUGUGAAAAUCCAGCUUUAGACGUACCUACGUUCAAAUUGAAUCCCGGUGUAUUGACUUAUAAUUUUGAAAAGAAACACUUGACCAAUAUACCCGGCUUUUGGCCUGGCGAUGAAAGUGAAUUCGGACUUUUAUCGUAUCACAACUGCACGUACUUGCAGACAAGGCCAGAAAAAUAUAACGACACCUCUACGGCACUUACAGUACAGGCUAUAUUAUCAUCUUACAGCUGGUUAUUAUCGCAAGCCUGUUAUCAAGGUUUCUCUACUUUUAACGAUAUCACGUAUCCAUUAACCACUCAAACGGUUAUAACAAACGGACAAUGGUGGUCGUUUUUUGUUUACCAACUCAACACUACUUUAGUGCAUUCUGAGCACGCGGAUGAAAAUCCGAAGCGCAACAUUUGUUGGGUUACAGAGCCGAUAAAAUUAUUCGAUAAAAUAGAAAACGAGAAAGUUCACGGUUUAAAUGAAGAAGUUUUGAAAACUUUAAUUAAGUUUUACAUGAAUGUUCCUGAGGAAAGGACGGGCGUAGACUUGAAACCAUAUUUAGGGAAAUCCGUGAAAGUAGUAGCCGACAUAGAACACGAUGAAAGGAGAAAUUGGCUCGAAAAACAAUAUAAGUAUCUCGUGAACAACAGGCCGAGGCACAGACGGACACCGGAAAUAUAUGAUUGGCAAAAAAUCUAUUUGAUACGAUUUAAAACUCGUCCGUUGGAUAAGAAACGUGAACCUUGGCAAUUCGGCGUUAAAGCGUACAAACGUAGAUUAGAUGAUCAUUGUCCACCCUAUAUACCAAGAUGUUUACGAGGUGCCAAAUCUCCCAAAAUGAGACAGAAGGGACGAUUUGCAAAAACGUACUACCCAUAAUUAGAAAUACAUAUAAUUAUCAUAUGUCGAAUGUAUAAAUACAAUACAGCGAUUGUGAAAGACAAUUA